UACGGUGCGGAUCGCUGUAGGUUUCUUUGACAUGAGCGUCCAGUUGUUCUUUCGUGCACGAUAAAGAACCGCUCUUCGGUUCAGUGAACAGCUUCUUAGUAAACCCGUACGGGUCCUUCAAAAACUGUCCCCGAGUCCUUUUACUCUCCUUUCGACGCUCAUAUCGGCGGAUAUGUCGUUGCACAUAACGACAUUUCCUUUUCAAAUCAUCAUACAGCAGCGCGAGGCCAGGUUUGUCCUCUUCUGCAGCACAUUUUCACCGCUUUCUUAGGCUGGUCUUUUCCUUCCUCAACUGUUUCAUUUUCCUGAUCCUCCUGUUUGGUCUACACUUUCCUUUCUCUAAUCGGAUAUUCUCUUUCACUCCAAACAAUUCCUUCCCUGUAUCGUAAAUUGAGCAUGUUAAUUUCCCCAGUUUCUCCACUGUAGAGCCUGUCAUUUUAUAAAGAGCUCGACACACUUUGUUUUCAAACUCUUUAUAUUUCUCUUUCUCAUUAGCAGCAGGCCACAAAAUCCUCGGUCUCCUCCGAGUACUAUCUGAUGCACCAGACUCAUGACUUACAGUUUCCUGACGGGAAGAGGUCUUUGCUGUAGCAUUUAUCGUAAACUACCUGUCAUUUGCAAGUAUUGCAGAAAUAUCGAAUGUAAAUCACUCUUUAUCUGGUACGGAGUAGGUGACAAUAUGGCAAAUGUAAUUGAUGCAACAACAAAACCUAAAAAGUCAUUAAAAAAUGAAGAAUCUUCUGAAUAUCCACGUCCUAUAUUUCGUCGGAAUAAGAAAAACAACAUAAAUAUUGAGUCACCAUCACAUGUAAGUGAUGACAAGUAUGGAUUUCUGACAAUGGGCCGAGAUUACCAGCCAGCUGACGUCUCCCAUAUAUAUACAGAUGAAGAAAAGGAUACGCUUGCAAAUUAUGAAAGUCAAAAUUACCUUCCAUCGCAUAGCUUACUCUACAGACGUUGGCUCCAAGCACAGAAAGAAAAAAGAUUUAACACAUUGCGCUGGAUCGUAAUGGGCUUAAUUGGAAUGACUGUCGGAAUCAUUGGAUUUCUCCUGCACCAGUGUAUAACUCUGAUUUUUAAUACCAGACUAAAUAUGCUAAAGAGUUUAUUUGAGAAGGAAGAAUAUGACUUAGCGUGGCUGUGGAACGUCAGCUAUGCAGUGAUUUUUGUAUUUAUUAGUUCGGCAUCCGUCGUGUUUUUGAAACCGUCUGCUGGAAGUUCGGGAAUACCUGAAGUGACUGCUUAUUUAAAUGGGACUUUUAUACCAGAAACGUUCAAUAUAGGAACUCUGCUGGUAAAAUUCCUGUCUUGUGCUUGUGCUAUUGGCUGUGGAAUGCCAGUAGGGCCAGAAGCUCCGAUGAUUCACAUGGGAAUUUAUGGUUCCAACACAUUCGAUCUGCUCAGAACGACCAUUGUUGGUGACAGCUCCCCAUAACAUUACAGAGAUAUCACCAUGUUUCACAGUUGAUUGGAGUCGUUUCCAAUCAAAUUCCUGAUUGGGAAGCCUCCAGACCCAAACACGUCUACUGUCUGAAAAUGAUGUAAAUCUGGAUUCAUCUGAGAAAAUCACUCUAUCCCAAAAUGAACUGACUUUUCUGACAUCUCCUUAGCUCAUUUCUUUCUUUUCAUGAUAUUAAUUGGUUGAAGAAGAGGUUUUGUUCUAGCUGCUCGUCCAUAAUAACCAGUUUUAUGCAGAUAUGUAGCACACGUUCUUGGACUAACUUCUAGUUGUUUUGCAAUGUCAGAAGCUUCAGCUUGCCCACCAAUACGACCUUUUUGAAAAUUUAACAGUUCUGCUGAAUUUUUUGUGCGUGGCAUGGUCACUCUUCGCAAAUGUUUAAUAUAAUGGUACCUGAAAUAAAAAAUAAUAAUUACAUUGUAAAUUCUACACCGCUGAAAACAUAUUAAGACGCUUAGAAAAGAAGGUUUGAAAAUUAAAGGUGUCUAUUUACUUCCUGCAUAUGUGUGUAUAGUCUGAUCGCUGAAUAGAUACCGCUAUGUAUUGCCACAAUUCAGCUUCUGUGGAAGAGUUCGGUAUUUAAAAUAGCUGUCAUAACAAAAGUUGACUCUGUCGGAGACCUGAUUGAGCUAAAUUUAGCAGUACCCCACCAAAAUAAAAGCUAUAUCCGAUGU